AGGGCACCAACAUUACGUACGGCAUUGAAAUGGAAAUGCUCGAAGGAGGGCUUCUCAAGAGGAGUGUUUUUGACGUGAAUAUUGAAUCUGCUGAAGGAAUGUCGAACCUUCUUACAGUAGGCAUGUUUGCAGAAGGGCUCGCUUCAUUUGCAGGUAGCUCUUCGGAUGACGAUAGCGAUCAAAGUCCGUCCGCUGGUAUGGAACUAACUUUGCUUGGAUCUUCGCUUCGACCGUACAUCUUCUUCAGUAGUACUUCAGAGCUAAUGAGCCAUGCUUGGUCUGGUACAGCAAGUGAACCAACGCCAGCGUUGCAGGGGAUAUUUCUUUUAAGUGACGAUGAAAAUGUGAUAGUUUUGAGCAAUGGUAUGAUUGUUCGGUUGGAGACACGAGCUGUUCUUUCCACAGAUUUGUCUGCGUCCGUACAGAUAUCGCUUUGGAGUAGAAACUCACAGUCUCAAGUUAAAAAUGCGGGUGCCUUAUUCGUCAGAAGUGUAGCGAAAAUAGAUUCUGGAGUGGCAAGCACAAGAGCAGGCUUCCAAUUUACUGGGGAUUCAGCCAUUGACUUCAAUACUGAUUUGGAUUUCUCCGAUUCUCCCUUCAAAAUGUGCCUCCAAAUGAAUCAUCCAGACAUUACCAUCAGGCAUGAUUUUCAGAGAAGUACGCAGAUUACGGGCUCAAAGUUUCUGGUAAAAAGAACCAAGAAAAGAAAGAGGUUUAUUCCAGGAAAAUCUUUCGUUCUGUACCCAAGGAACAAUGAACAGUGCAAAGAGAUGAACUCUGAAUAAAAGUGUGGUUUUUGUUUUGAACAUCAUCCUGUUUUGUAAAUAAAUCACCUGCA